AUGAUUGGUUCAAGGGCCCGGAAAAUUUGCUACGAAGCUUGCAUGUGUCGGCCGCUGCCACGACCCUUGCCUGCUCCUCCUGCUCGCCUGCGUGCGGGAUCGACACCAAGGCCAUGGGCAACGAGAAAGACCAAGAUUGGCUCCCGUCCAAGUGGACAUGCUGAUGGAGAAGAGAAAAAGUCCGAAGAGCCAGUAAGAUGGCGAGUGACUCUUUUCUAG